CGCAUUUUUCCAGAAGGAUGAUUUUCGUCAUCAUCACCAGAUUUCCUCUGAAAUUCGAAUAGAAGCUAACUUCAGCGUCGCGGCGACAGAAAGAGCGGGCUGCCCGUCGGGACCGAGGUAAUGUAGUUUUCAUCAAAGCACGAUGAGAAGCCAAGUUGAGCCCCGGGAGCUGGUUGUCGGACUAGGAAAACCGACGGUCUAAAAGCUUUUAGGGCAAAAGAUGAAUCUCAGACUGCCGAAGAUCAACUCCGUCAUAAAGGGAGAACGGUACUCUGGAAGUAGAUUGACUCAUUAACCACCUUUUAUUCCUUCUGGAGGCUGCAGAAAGUCUAUAAUGGAAAACUCAAGUGCUGUAGUGAGACAUUGUAACCCAACUCUCAACUCUCAUCUAGUGUUCCCUGACUCUUAACCAAGCCUUCUGCCUCAUUGAUACCUUUCACCAAACUGGUUCGACAGACGGCAGUCAACCAGAUCCCAGAAUGGUUGGGGUUUCCCUCAGGAUACGAAAAUGUCAUUUUGUGCAGCUGCUAGCCACAUGCCUAGUCCUGUCGACAGUGAUGGUUUGCUGGGAAGAGCUAGACAACAGGGUCGUCAGUCACGUCAAGUCGUACUCCUUCCGGUACCUGAUCAACAGCUUUACCUACAUCAACAAAAGCCUCACCAUCCCACAUAAGCAGGCCCGGAGCUUCAGUGACUUCCAUUACCUGUUGGAUCAUCCGGACAAAUGUGCUAACCAGGAUGUCCUCCUCCUCCUGUUUGUCAAAUCGUCGCCAAAGAACAUUGAAAGACGAAAUGCAAUCAGAUCCACGUGGGGCAAUGAGAGCUACAUACAAAACACUCUGGGGGUGACGGUCAGGGUACUGUUUGCCUUAGGAGCUCCUCCAACCAGGGAAAAUGAGCCAUUGUGGAGCAGGCAGAGUGGCGUCGGCUUCCAGGAACAGCUCGUUGAAGAGGAUCUCCUCCACGGAGACUUGAUCCAGAAAGACUUUGUGGACUCUUUUUACAAUCUGACCCUGAAACUGAUCCUACAGUUCCACUGGGUGCACAGCCACUGUGCACACGCCCGCUUCUUCAUGACUGCCGACGAUGACAUCUUUGUCCACAUGCCCAACUUGGUGAAGUACCUACAGGGGAAAAGUGCCAGGGGUGUCACUGAUUUCUGGGUUGGACGUGUGCACAGGGGAGCCCCACCCGUUCGCAGCAAGUACAGCAAAUACUACGUCGCCUUUGAAACGUACCCGUGGUUGUCCUACCCGGACUACACAGCUGGAGCUGCCUAUGUGGUUUCUGGGGACGUAGCAGCCAAAAUCUACCAAGCCACUCUGGCCCUGAAUGCCUCGAUUCACAUAGAUGAUGUGUUCAUGGGCAUCUGCGCCAGCGUCGUGGGCCUGUCUCCUCAGGAACACCCGUAUUUUGCAGGGGAAGGCAAGGCGCCUUACCACCCCUGUAUCUACGACCAGAUGUUAACCUCACAUAGCCACGUGGAUGACAUUUACGAUUUAUGGAAGGCAGCGACGGACCCACGGGUAAAACAGGAGACCUCAGGGUGGUUUGGAAGGCUGUACUGUGCGGUGGUUAGGGUGUCUCUCCUCUGCAGGCCCUCCUUUGUGGGCACAUACCCUUGCAAAGCUGCUCUAUGGUAAUACUCAGGUUUGUCAGCGUGAAACAAAGUAGGGAGAAUAAAUGCCAAUUUAUUAAUAAAUAAUAAAAUACAGAUCACAUAAUUUAACGAUUAGUAAGUUGACCUUUGUAAAAACAUAUAUGAAAUAUUAUUUAUAGCUAGAUUCCUGAAUGUUAUGGUUAAGUCUGAGUCUAAACAAUCAAAAUUAAAACAGAUUUGAUUAACAUUUGAAUUACUAGAACUUAAAAAGCUACCAAAAGUACAAUGCGGAUCUGUCUCUGUUUCUAGGACUGCUAAUUAUUAAUCUAUUGUUCUGUUUUGACUAAAAUAAUCUAUAAUUGAGGAGUACGAAGCAAUUAAUGAGAAAAGACUGAUGGAUGACUAGUCCUGUUAGAUCAGAAGUUCAUUUUUAGGAAAUGGUUCAUAAAGAAUCGUUUUUUUUCCUGCUUAACCUGGAAAAUGACAACCAUUUGUAUGUUUUUUGUUUUGUGUUUUAUUUCUGCUAUUACCUCAGUCCUUUCAUUUGGACGUCAGCACUGAGUUUGUUAAAAAAAGAAGCCAAAGGUUUUGUUUUGUUUUUGUUUACAUGUGCAUUUAUACGAGACUAUCAGUCAUUUUUAUGCUACAGUUUGAGUUGAUCUUGUGGUCCAUAGAAUGUGAAAAAGUUAUUUGGAGAAGGACUGCCUUUUGUGUUAGGAUCUAUAUAUGAGUGCUACUUUGGAUAGUUCUUCCCGUACCUGACUGGAUCUUUAUUGUUCAGAUAUUGAACAAUUGGUGUUCUACAGCACCCAUCUUUGUUUUGAUGUUUUCAUGUCUUGAAUUUCAAAAAAAAUUAUCUAAGAAAAAAGACAGAAUGUUGAAUAUCUUUAUAUUUUUUAAGUCCCCUCAAUUUAAUAAAAUUGGCAGCGUUUUGUGUGCUUACACUUCAGUUUGGUGUCUUGUUUGUGUGAUGACUGUUGACGGACAAUAUUGACAGCAACUCAGUUUGACUCCAGAUUGCAACUUCCUCCUAAUAGCACAAUGUGUGCAGUCAGUAAAAAGUUUUACAUGCAAAUUCCUUUAAAUUAAAAGCUUCUAGUUUAUUAAAUUAAUUGGUGUUUUUUGCGAAAAUGUAUCCUACAAGAAGAUGUUUCCACAUUAGUUCAAAAAAUGUCCACAGACUGGAUUCCUUGGAGGAGAAGAAAAGAAAUGCCAAAUUGGACCUCUGUAUGAAUUCUAAAGAUGUUUCACGCUUUGCUCCUGUCUACCAGAUUUAUUUACCUCCAAAAUAAACCGUGUUCUUCAA